UUUAAUACUGUGAUGAAGGAUACACAACAAGCACUAAACAGUUUAGCAAAAGAGGAGAACAAAACAGCACAGCAGAUAGAAUCGAAGUUCCUUGAUUCUUGGGCAAAAAAUUGGCUUAAGCAGGAUCUAGACGAAUAUCUGCAGGAUAUAGAAUCGAAGUUCCUCGAUUCUUGGGCAAAAAAUUGGCUUAAGCAGGAUCUAGACGAAUAUCUGCAGGAUGUUAGCGAGCUUAAAAAGCGCCGACUCGACAAGGAUGGUCUAGCACAAUCAGCUAACAAUCGUGAAGCAGAUGAUAAUUAUGUGCAGCAGUUGCAAAAAGUUCAAGGCAAUAUAAGUCAUCUGAAAGCACACUACAGGAAGACAGCGGAUGCUACCAGACAAUUGAUUACUAUACUGGAGGAUCACUUUGACAAGUGCGCCGACAUGACGGAAAGUCGCUUAGAGCACGCCAAAAAGGCGUAA